AGGAAAACGGUCCUGCGCUGCGUCACGGAGAAGACGAAAGUAAAUGAAGCGGCCGGUGAGGGCAAAGUGGGGCGGGGGGAGGGGAGAGAGCGAGCAACUGCGCAGCAUGGGGCGAAGGAGUCCCGAGGUGUCGCCCGCGCUCCUUAGCCGGAAAGAAACGUCCCGGAUUUAAACGGUUCGCGACCUAUCUCUGCGUCUGAGGUGGAUAUUUGCGGCGGAUAUUAACAGUCCUGUAGAGCGGCACAAAAAAAGGGGGGGGAAGCAGUUGACGGUUCGCCGAGCAUAGAUUUCUUACCGUAGAAGGGCCGCUUUGCUGAGCAGGAACUUCCGGUGCGUUGGCUGCCGGGAAGGGACUCCCUGGGAGGAAGUCUGUGGUCCAGAUCUAAAGUGAAGCGAAGGAUAAACAAGCCACACCGAGUCCAGCUUCCGGGUUCGCUGUGAACUUUCCAGGGCAGAAGGGAAGGGUGUUCGUAGGCGGGAACUUUGCUGAGAAAUCCAGGUUUUUAGUGUGGUUUUGGCCAGCGUGCUCUCCCCCCCCCCCCAUCACAAGGUAGCAGCAAAGGCAAGCGGUCACGAUAUCUUAAUUUGGGAUCGGGUGGAGCUCGAUUUAUAUUUCCGUGUAUUUGUAUCUAACAAUAUGGAAACAGGGUCAUUGGAGUCCUACUAACAAUAAAUCAGUUGAUUGCAGUGGUUCUAUCCUAUCACUAACAUGGAAUAUCAACUCUUAAUCAGAAAGAAAGAAAUGCCCUGAUGACUGUCUGCUUACACAGAAACGAAAGUGCCGAAUUUAGGAUGACCUGGAUAGUUGGAAAUAUGAAAAAAUGUAGGGUUGAGUGUUUCAACAUCCGGGGCUGCAAUCCACAUACACUGCUAUGGAGACUGUAUUGCUUCUGAGUAAACAUGCAUAGAAUUGCUGUGUGAAAAUGUAAAUGAGCAGCUAGUGCAAAAGGCAUAUCUAUUUAACAUUUGAUUGGAUAAAGGCUCUGGCUAUGUGGUAGAUACUUCUGAGUAAACAUGCAUAAGAAUGUGCCACGUGGCCCAUGCUUAUGCAAUCUUUUUCAGGCGCUGAUCUAAAUUUUUCCAAUGUAUACCUCAAAUCUUUGUUAACUGUUCUUUGGAAACUCAUAUAACCUACAAGAUACACUCAUCAGUGAUCCAUAAUCCGUGAACCUAAGGCUGUAGCCCUGUAUCCACUUACUUGGGAGUAAAUCUCGUAUAACUCCAUAUGACUUGUUGCUGAAUAUGCAUAUACAGGAUUGCACUGUAAGGCUGCAGUCAUAUGCAAGUUUAUCUGGGAGUAUCAGAGUGAUCCUCAUCCUGGUUAGAGAUCAGAAAAGUAGCUGAUUGCCCCUUGCAUCCCAAAUCCUGUUGGCUUGGAACUGGCCAGGUCAAAAUAUGAGUGUGUGUGUGUGGUAUUUUUCUGUAUGAGUUUUGCUAUUCUAGCUCCUGGCUGGCAUAAUAUAGGCAUAGUCCACAAGGUUUUGAAUCUAGUUUAUCCAAAGAUGCCUCCUCCCACAGGCAGUAGGGUAACUACUGGCAGUAGCUUUUCACUUGAAACUUGGGUCUUUGCUGCACCCCCCCCCCACCUGAGGAAACUACUACUUGCUAUCUUAAACUUCAGUAUUGGGUUGUGUGUAGGAAUGCACUGUAAACCAUACUCAUCACAGUGAACAUGCAUAGGAUUGGGAUGCAAAUUUACAAUCCAAUGCAGUCAUUUGGAAGUAAAUGUGCAUAUUAUUGGGCUGCCAAUAAAAUAGAUGUUGAUGGGAAUCUGUGUUUCAAUUCCUUCAAUGUGGAAAAAUGACAGAAAUUAAUGGUAAUAUCCUGGAACCAGUUAAAGAUUUCAUGUGUUUGUCCCAUCAAAUAUAGCCAUAUACAGCACCAGAAGCUGCAAAUACUAACACUAUUUCCCUCUAACUUGUUUAGGAAUCACAUAAACAUAUUUAAAAUGAGCAACUUGGAAGAGGCUGAACUACAACUUUCUGAAUUAGAUUUGCUUUCUAGUAUGUUCCCCAAUGAAGAUGAAUUUAAAGUGACUGACCAACUGGCUUUAGCAGAACUGAAGGAUCACAUUGACAGAUGCACCUCGGAAGUGCCAUCAUCAAAAAUACAGUUUACAUUGAAUUUAGAAUUAGACACUGCAGAUGGAAAUAAGGUAAGGCAUCACCAUUCUGAAUGAAGUAUGGUAUUUGAGACUAGAUAUUUAGUAAUCUCUGUUUCUUUGAAUUCCUUUCUAGAUUCCACUUUCUUUGUUUUGUGCUUUCCCAUUAAAAUACCCAGCUGUUCUUCCAGAAAUUACUAUCAGGUACUACAUAUUUUGAUACAGAGAAAAGUGGCCUAAAGGUUGAAAUGCAUUGUUUAUUCUGUUGCAAUAUAAAGUUUGCAUUUAACUGUCUUAUGCAGUAUAAUAAGUCUAAUGACUGCAGUGAGAAUUCAGGGAUUUAUCCUCCCCCCCCCCAAAGCAAAUGGAAUCUUUAAACUUUAUCCCUCACACACAAAGAAGAAAGAAAGGGAAGGAGAUUGUGUGAGCCUAAGGUCACCCUAGAGCAUUCCCAAUAAUUAAGGAAAACUAGAUUCUUCCAUUUUUUAAACCCUUUCAUUUGUAUUCUAAACAAUGCCAUCAUUCCUCCCCCUUUAGAUCUCCAUCUAUAAGCCGAUCACAGCAGGUACAGCUGAACACAGAUCUUAUAACCUACUUGAAGACACACUGUGCUGGUGAAGUCUGCAUAUUAAGUACAAGAGAAUGGAUUAAAGAACAUGGCACUGCUUACAUCAGCAGAGAUCCCUCAUCUUCCAGCAUGAUGAAAUCAAGUAUUCAGAAGUCAGAUAAUGUUUUCACUAGACUAUGGAUUUACAGUCAUCACAUUUAUAACAAGCACAAAAGAAAGAAUAUAGUUGAUUGGGCUAAGGAACUCUCUCUGUCUGGAUUUAGCAUGCCUGGGAAACCAGGUAUCAUUUGUGUAGAGGGCCAGCAGAGCCUGUGUGAGGAGUUUUGGGCAAGGUUUGUUUUUCACUUUAUAUCUUGCAUUCUUGAGUUGCUACCUUUUGGUGGUUUACUUCAGUCAUAAAUUCCUGAAACUAAUAUUUUUCACUGUAUAUUCAGAAUCCUUCCUGUGCUUAUUCUGCCAGUUAUACUUUACAGCACCAUAAUUUAGCACUGUGAUUAGGCAGUUGCUUGAUCUUUUUUGCCAAGUAAAAAUUGGCUCCAUAUUUCAAAGUCCUGUGUGCGCAUACCUCACAGAAGAGGGAUGGCAUGAUGAGAUUGUCAGUGACUGUUUCAUCACCAAGAAAAACAUGAUGGAAAGCUCUCUGUUGGCAGAAGAAACUGAGAAAGUAGAGGCAAGAGAUGUAGAGCCGCAUGUGGGUGACCAAGGCAUCGAAUACAGGUUUUCAAAGGUUUGUAGGAAUACGAUGGUCACUUAAAUUAGGGGUAGCCAACACGGUGCUGUCCAAAUGCUGUGGACUGCAGAUCCCAUCAUCCCUGACUGUUGGAUAAUUUUGGAUGGGGUUGAUGGGAGUUGUAGUCUACAAGAUCUGGAGGGUACCGUAUUUAAAUUCACAAAUUUAAAACACAUGACUUAAACAUGGGAACUGUAGUUUACCACCCAGAGGGCUACAAUUCCCAGCACCCUUCACGCUACAGUUCCCAUGAUUCUUUGGAGGAAGCCAUCUGUUUUAAAUGCACAAUGUGGGUGUGACCUUAAAUCAGUAACAAUAUGGGAAUUGUAUGAAUUCCAUUUAUGUCCUGAGACCAGACAUAGUUGCAAUCCAAGACCUUAAUGUCAGAAGAAACUUUCAAGCCAUUGUUCAGGCCUCUUUUUGUUGCCAAAAUCUUUCUGGUGGCAUUGUGAGGAAGGCAGUAUAAGUAUGCUUAGGAACUACAGUGGUACCUCAGGUUACAUACGCUUCAUGUUACAGACUCCGCUAACCCAGAAAUAGUACCUCGGGUUAAGAACUUUGCUUCAGGAUGAGAACACAAAUUGUGCUCCAGCUGCGCGGCAGCAGCAGGAGGCCCCAUUAGCUAAAGUGGUGCUUCAGGUUAAGAACAGUUUCAGGUUAAGAACGGACCUCCAGAAUGAAUUAAGUACUUAACCCGAGGUACCACUGUAUAAACUAGUAAAUGGCUUCUAGUCUUCAUUCUGUUUCUCAUAACCUCUCUCUUUCAAGAGAGAAUAUUCAUCACCUCAACCACUAAUAUGGAAUGUGAAUACUGAAAAUAGGCUCUUUUCAAAUCAUAGUCCCCUCAGUGGCAAGGAGGCUGACCAUCCACUAGAAUCUAUUUAUUUAGUAAGGGGUUAUAUAUAAAUAUAUUAAAGUUGGUAGAGCAUGGUAGAGUUGGUUCGAGCCCCACAUUUGGCGAAAUGUGCAUUGCAGUAGAUUGGGCUAGAUAAACCUUGUAGUCUCUUCCAACUCUAUAAGUGCCUAGGAGGGUUUCCCCUGUAAUUUAUAUAAGUUACCCACUUUCAUUAUAAUAGAAUAUAAUAGAAAACAGAUUUAGGAGUACAGUGGUACCUCGGGUUAAGUACUUAAUUCUUUCCGGAGGUCCGUUUUUAACCUGAAACUGUUCUUAACCUGAAGCACCACUUUAGCUAAUGGGGCCUCCUGCUGCUGCCACGCUGCCGGAGCACAAUUUCUGUUCUCAUCCUGAAGCAAAGUUCUUAACCUGAAGCACUAUUUCUGGGUUAGUGGAGUCUGUAACCUGAAGCGUAUGUAACCUGAGGUACCACUGUAUUGUAAUGGAUAUUGUGGUGUAAUAAAUGCAACACUUUGCUUCUAAGAAUAUUUAUAUAAAGAAAGGUUUGUCACAUUUUUGUAAUAUUGUUCCUUUUACAGUUUCAGAAUAUAUUAGCCCAUGUCUUAAGUUCUAUUGAAAACACUAGGAUUUAAGUUAAUUGUGACUAAUAAAUUCCAUUGGCCUCAACAGGACGAAGUCAGAAGUAAUUUUAGUUGGUAGGGCUUAUUGUGUUUUCUAAAUUUGUGAUUCUCUCAUUGAAUUUAGAAUCAGAAGAUUAUCGUGGCAGAGAAUUUUAAUACGUCACAGAGAAGACAUUUGCUUAGAAGGGACUGAAGCUGAAAUGGAAAAACAAAAGAAGUUUUUUGCUUUUGAAGAAAAAAUAUUUGAUGCACAUGGUGCCAGAGGAAAUCACAUGGAUUUGGGACAAUUGUAUCAUUUUUUACUUGACAGUGGAUGUGGUGAUAUUUUUCAACUGUACUUUGGAGUUGAAGGACAAUAGAUCAUCAAGAGGUGGAAAAAUCACAUGGAACACUUAAAUGAAACUUUAGCAGUCCUCUGUGGGUGACAUGUAAUUGUGGUGUCCCGCUUCUGUUUAUGACAACAGGACUUGUACCUCCUCCCCUCCCCUUUUCAUCCCAAAUGUGUUGUGGGACCUUCUGGAGCGUUUUGGGGAGUGGGUUGGCAGGAGAAAAUCCAAUCGCAUCCACUGGUGUAAUGUUGGAUCUUGUUCUAUGUUUUUACUUUUUAAAAAAUAAAUAAAUACUAAGAACUUUACUCAUUUACAUCUGAUAAAUUAUGAAUGUCGAAACAAGUUUGAUUUUAAUUUAAAAUAACAUUUUAAUGCUAAUGACAAACAAUAAAAGCAAUGCAGUUGAUCUAUUCAUGUAAAUAAUUCCCAUAAUCUCAAAUACCUAUGUAGCUUAAUCCUUUGCAGAAUUAAGAAACUCGUUGAAAUAAAUAGGCUUUGAU